AUGGCGAGCGACUACACGCCGGCCGCUGAGGGCAUCCCGCAGUACUUUCUGCCGAUGCUCGACGACCGCGACCGCAACCUCAAGUACCACGCCGCGAUCACCGCGGCGAUCCGGCAGUUCAAGGCGGAGCAGCGGCGGCCGCCGAGGGUGCUCGACGUGGGCGUGGGGACCGGGAUGCUCUCUGCGAUCUGCCUCGAGGCGGGCUGCGCGUCGGUCACGGGCCUCGACACCAACGAGACGAUGUGCCACCUCGCAGACUUGCACCUCGGCAAGCUGCGGUCGCGCGGCGGCGGCUCCUUUCAGGUGGUGCACUGCCCAGGCGGCAAGGCGCCGGCGUGGUUCGCGGGCCGGAGGUUCGACAUGCUCGUCUCGGAGAUCCUCGGCACGCUCACCACGUCGGAGAGCAUGCUCAAGUACCUCACCAAGUACGCGCGGGCGCACCUCGACGUCUUUGUCGACGAGGCCACCGGCGAGCGCCGCGUGUACGCCGUGCCGCAGCGGACGGCGCAACACUACGCGAGCUACGCGUUUCCGCGCGCCGACCUCGGCCCCACGCUCUCCGCGGUGCUCGAGGCCACGCUCGAGGCGGCGGCCGGCCGCUUCCUCCCCACGAACGACGGCGGGCUCGGGCUCGGGCUGCACCUCUACCCGCGCGAGCGUGUCGGCCCGCGCCGCACCUUUUACGAGGAGGACUACACCCGCUGGCCCUUCUCGCACUCGCACGCCCACUCAAAGCCGGAGCCGCUGCAGCUGCACGCGCCGCCGGGCGGACGCUUGCUGGAGUGGGACGUGACUCUAUGGGGCCGCGGCGACGGCGCAGUCGGCCUCUCAAACUCGCUCGACGGCUACGAGGCCUUCGGCGCCUCUUUCCCCGACGGCGGCCGAAACGGAUUCGCGCGGGCGGCGGCGUGGGGCUUCUUCGCGAUGCGGCUGCCGCAGCCAGUGCCGCGUGCGACGGGCGCGCCCAAGCUGCAGAUCGCGCGGCUGAACGGGCAGACGAGCGCCAAGCCCAAGAUCACCGUCGAUGGGGUCGAAUACCACGAGGUGCUCGAUGACCCGCAGCCGCAGCUCGCGAUGGCGGCCGACACGGCGCUGCCCGCCGCGUACCUGCGCGCCCUCGCCGCCGCAGCCGACGGCGAGCGAGGGCGCGGCCGCAGGCUGCUGAUCGUCAACGACAUCAGCUGCGGCGCCAUAGCGGUGCAAGCGGCGGCGUGGGGCUGGCAGAUUAUGGUGGAGGAGGGCGGGCGGGCGCAGCGGUCGCGCCACCCGCUGCCGGGUCGGUUCGACGCGAUCCUCUUCCCGUCGCUGCUGCUCGACGUCGCAGACGCGGAGGAGGAGCAAGUCGACCUCGCCGCGCUCAGCGACACUUCGGGCGCGGCGGCGCUGGCGGCGGAGAAGGGCCUGCCGGCGGGCUGGCUCGCUUUCCCAAAGGGGUGCGGCCACUACAAGCUGCCAUUGCCCGGCGCGGGUGCGGGGGCGGCGAUCGCAGCUGCUGAGCCGCCGCCGCUGCGGCCAGUGGUGCGGUUGGCCGAGGCGGAGGCGAUCGUCGGGCGGUAUCUCGCGCCCGGCGGCGUGAGGCUGCCUCCGGCCUUCGACGUGGCGCAGGCGAGCGCGAGCGUGGAGCGCGUCGUCGCCACAAAGCGGGCGAGCAAGGCGACGGCCACCAAGCGCGGGCUGGACAUGGCGGCGGUGCGGACGGUGCGGGGCGACAACAACCUCGUCACCUCCACGCUGCACCUGCUCGACCUCUCCGACGACCUCCUCACGCCCGGCUACCGGCUGCGGCUGCGGCAGACGCGGCUGCCGCUCGCCGACGGCGUGGAGGUCGACUCGAGCGUCGACGCGUUGCGCCGGAUGGCGUAUUCGGCCGAUCCGGCCGAGCGGCGCGUGGCGGCGGCCCGCGCCACGUAUCACGGCUUCAGCGCGUCGAUCCGGUCUGUCUUUGCCGCCCCUACGCCGGAAGGCGGCGGGGCUGGCAAGAAGCGGCGGCAGGCCGAGGCUGCGACGCCGGUCGCGGCGGCGGGCGCGGAGGCCGAGGGUGCUGGCGCCGAGUCGCCGGCGCCGGUCGCGCCGCAGGGCAUGCGCUUGCUCCUCCUCCGCGCGCUGGUCGUCGGGGAGAAGUCGCGCGAGGCGAUUGUGGAGCACGCGCUGUCCGAGGAGCCGGACCGGCGGCGCGACUCGAGUCUUCAUAUUCGCUAA